UGGUCUUCAUAAAGGAGCUGUUUACCCUGCUGCUGCUGAGAGCCCAGCGGCGGACCUGCGGGAGGACAGGGGUUUCCUGGGUGAGGAAGGUCAAAGGUCACAGCUCCAUGUUGGUUAUAGAAGAUGAGAGAACAUGAGUGCGGACGGGACGGCCCGGGGUCACGACCCUGCAGCGGGUCAGAGGUCACCGCCCGGCAGGAGGUCAGGCUCCAGAGUGCGUUGGGUCUGCAUGCAGAUGGAUCAGCUGUUGUCCAUGUUAAAGAGUUGGAGGAGGGCGGAGCUAGGAGCCAAAACACACCAAGCAGAGAUACUAACACGUUUCAGCAUCCUGUCGACAACGCGGGUCUUUUCUCCUUCAUGACGUUUCAUUGGCUGACGCCGCUGGCGGUACACGCCCACAGGAAAGGGCAGCUCCUAUUGGAUGACAUCUGGCCCGUGUCAUCGCAGGAGAGUUGCCAUGCCAACAGACACAGGCUGGCAGCUCUGUGGGAGGAGCAGUUGAAGUCGCGAGGCGUUGAGGCGUCGCUGUAUUCUGCGGUCUGGUCGUUCUGUCGGACUCGCCUGCUGCUCUCCUUCCUCUGCCUCACCGUCACCCAGCUGGCCGGCUUCAGUGGCCCGGCCUUCGUGGUGAAGCGUCUGCUGGAGUACACCCAGCAGGGGGAGCCGGACCUGCCGUACGGCCUCCUGCUGGUCUUGGGCCUCCUGGCCACAGAGGUGGUGCGCUCCUGGUCGCUGGCGCUCACCUGGGCGCUCAACUACAGGACGGGCAGCCGGCUGAGAGGAGCCAUCCUGGCCAUGGCCUUCCAGAAGAUCCUGCGGCUGCGCAGCGUCCGGGACAAGUCUGUGGGCCAGCUGGUCAACAUGUGUUCCAGUGACGGCCAGCGGAUGUUUGACGCGGCGGCGGUGGGCAGUCUGUUGGCGGGCGGGCCCCUGGUGGCGGUGCUGGGCGUGGCCUACAACCUCUUCAUCCUGGGACCGACCUCGUUGCUGGGGUCCGCCGUCUUCAUCCUCUUCUACCCAACCAUGAUGUUCAGCUCCAGGCUGACGGCCUACUUCAGGAGGAAGGGCGUGGCCAUAACGGACAGACGGGUGCAGAAGAUGAACGAGAUCCUGAGCUACAUCAAGUUCAUCAAGAUGUACGCCUGGGUCAAGGCCUUCUCGCAGGACGUCCGGCGGAUCCGGGAGGAGGAGCGGAAGAUUCUGGAACGGACCGGUUACUUCCAAAGCGUCACCGUGGGCGUGGCUCCCAUCGUCGUGGUGAUCGCCAGUGUGGCAACAUUCUCUGCCCACAUGUUGCUAGGAUACGACCUAACAGCCGCUCAGGCGUUCACUGUGGUGACGGUGUUCAACGCCAUGACCUUCGCCCUGAAGGUCACGCCCUUCUCCGUCAAGUCCCUGUCUGAGGCCGCCGUGGCCAUGGAGAGAUUCAAGAGUCUGUUCUUGUUACCGGAGGUGGAUGGUAUACGGACGUUGCCUAGCAACCCCCAGGUUGCCGUGGAGAUGCAUGGUGCCAGCCUGGCGUGGGAGGGGGGGGGGUCAGAGCGCCCAGCCCAGCCCGUCGGUCCAGCCGGCCAGCAGACACCGGCACCGGGACAGGUCACUCCCAUCAUUCAUGCUUCAUCAUCGGAGGAGUGCAGAGACAGAGAGGAGCAGGAGGAGGUGAUCGGCUCCCUGCUGAGAGGACGAGGAGACGCAGCCACCAGCCCGGAGGAGGAGGAGGAGGAGGAGGAGCAGAGAGAGCGCCUCCGCCCCGUCAGCCAGCACCUGCAGAGCAGCCUGCACUGCAUCACCCUGACCAUCCAGCAGGGGAAGCUGGUCGGUGUGUGUGGCAGUGUUGGCAGUGGGAAAACCUCCCUGAUCUCCGCCAUCUUAGGACAGAUGACUCUGUUGGAGGGAAGUGUUGAUGUUCGAGGAGACUUCGCCUACGUGGCUCAGCAGGCCUGGAUCCUGAACGCCACGCUGAGAGACAACAUCCUGUUUGGACUGGAGUACCAGGAAGACAGGUAUCAGUCGGUGCUGAGUGCCUGCUGCCUCAGACCAGACCUCGCCCUGCUGCCCAACGCUGACCUCACUGAGAUCGGGGAGCGCGGUGCCAACCUGAGCGGCGGGCAGCGCCAGCGAAUCAGCUUGGCCCGCGCCCUCUACAGCGACCGGGACGUCUACAUCCUGGACGACCCGCUCAGCGCGCUCGACGCCCACGUCAGCAACCACAUCUUCAACAACGCCAUCAGGAGGCGGCUGCGCCACAAAACCGUCAUCUUCGUCACCCACCAGCUGCAGUACCUGGUGGACUGUGAUGAUGUCAUCCUGAUGAGGGAGGGCAGUAUAGUGGAGCAGGGUAACCAUGACGACCUGAUGAAACUUAAUGGAGACUACGCUGCCAUGUUCAACAACCUGCAGCUGGGAGACACACCGUACAUAGAGGCUCCCAGCAGGAAGAGUGGCGGCUCUCAGAGGAAACCCGCGGAGACGAAGGCGGGGUCAGUGAAGAAGGACAAACCAGCCAGCAAGGACAGCGGGGAGCAGCAGCAGGGCGGGGCCGUGUCCUGGCCCGUGUACCGGCUCUACAUGGCGGCCUGCGGUGGCUCCGCCUCCUGCCUGCUCAUCCUGGCUCUGUUCGCUCUGAACGUUGGCAGCACCUCCUUCUGCCACUGGUGGCUCAGCUACUGGAUCAACCAGGGCAGCGGGAACACCACGGUAACCCGGGGCAACAGCUCAGUGGUGAGUGACAGCAUGAGAGACAAUCCCAUGAUGCAAUACUACACAGCCGUCUACGCCUCCUCCAUGGGAGUCAUGCUGCUCCUCAAACUGCUCAGAGGCAUCGUCUUUGUCAAGGGCACGCUGCGCGCCUCGUCCCGCCUCCACGACGAGCUGUUCCAGAAGAUUCUGCGCAGCCCCAUGAAGUUCUUCGACACGACGCCGACGGGACGAAUCCUCAACCGCUUCUCCAAGGACAUGGAUGAAGUCGACACCCGCCUGCCCUUCCAGGCUGAGAUGUUCAUCCAGAAUGUGAUCCUGGUCUUCUUCUGCCUGGCCGUCAUCAGCUGUGUUUUCCCAUGGUUCCUGGCUGCGGUGGGCCCGCUGGUCGUCCUGUUCGCCGUGCUCCACGGCGUCUCCAGGGUCUUGGUGCGUGAGCUGAAGCGCCUGGACAACGUGACGCUGUCGCCCUUCAUCUCCCACAUCACGUCCAGCAUACAGGGCCUGGCCACGCUGCAGGCCUACGGCAGGGGGCGGGACUUCCUGCACAGGUACGAGGACCUGCUGGACCAGAACCAGGCUCCGUUCUACCUGUUCAGCUGUGCGAUGCGCUGGCUGGCCGUGCGGCUCGACGUCAUCAGCGUGGCUCUGAUCAGCGUCACCGCUCUCAUGAUGGUGCUGAUGCACGGGCAGAUCCCGCCCGCCUACGCCGGCCUCGCCAUCUCCUACGCCGUGCAGCUCACAGGUUUGUUCCAGUUCACGGUGCGUUUGGCCUCUGAGACUGAAGCUCGCUUCACCUCUGUGGAGAGGAUCCACCAGUACAUCCAGUCUCUGUCCCAGGAGGCCCCGGCCCGGGUCAAAGGUCGCGCUCCCCCGGUGGACUGGCCCCAGCAGGGGGAGCUGGUGCUGCAGGAGGUGGAGAUGAGGUACCAGGAGAACCUGCCGCUGGUGCUCAACAGGGUCUCCUGCUGCAUCCGACCCAAGGAGAAGGUCGGCAUCGUGGGACGCACCGGCUCAGGGAAGUCGUCUCUGGGUGUGGUGUUGUUCAGGCUGGUCGAGCGCUGCGGCGGCUCCAUCAUGAUUGACGGCGUGGACAUCAGCGACAUCGGCCUGGCCGACCUGCGCAGCAAGCUGUCCAUCAUCCCUCAGGAGCCGGUGCUGUUCAGCGGCACCAUCAGGUUUAAUCUGGAUCCAUUUAGCCAGUACAGAGAGGAGCAGAUCUGGGAUGCUCUGGACAGAACGCACAUGAAGGAGUGUAUAUCACAGCUGCCUCUGAAGCUGGACUCAGAGGUUGUGGAAAACGGAGAGAACUUCUCAGUGGGAGAGAGACAGCUGCUGUGUGUCGCCCGAGUCCUGCUGAGGCAAUGCAAGGUGCUGAUCCUGGACGAGGCGACGGCGGCGAUGGACAGCGAGACGGACGCUCUGGUCCAGGAGACGCUGCGCAGCUCCUUCCAGCACUGCACCACGCUCACCAUCGCACACCGCCUGCACACCGUGCUGGGCUGCGACCGCAUCCUGGUGCUCAACCAGGGACAGGUGGUGGAGUUUGACGAGCCGGCCAAACUCCUGGCCAAUGAGAACUCCCGAUUCGGCUCCAUGCUGGCUGCUGUGGAGAACAAGGUCUCAGUGAGAGGAUGAGGUGACCUCUGACCCCGCCCCGUCAGCCUCAGCGGAAACAACAACACCACCGCACCGAGACUGGCGGCCAUGUUGGACACACACACACACACACACACACACACACACACACACACACACCACAAGCUGCUGCAGCUGCUUCAGUUGCACUUGACUGGCUCUCCAGGUUCUGCUGGUGGAAGCAGCAGGUUGGAGUUUGUGCUGUAAAUGAAAAGCCUUUACCUUCAGCCUGUGACAUCACACCUGCUCUGCUCCAGGGUCCUGCCUGUCUGUCUGCCUGUCUGUCUGUCUGUCUGCCUGUCUGUCUGUCUGU